GCAGGAGGUGGAAGUCGGCGGGCGAGGGACCCGGGGAGGGUGGCUCACAGGCCCGGCGCCAAUCCCCGGCCCAGGACAAGAUCUAUAGACACUGUGGACAGAGUUUGGGGCCGAUCCGAGCAGAGGCGCUGCGCCGGUGCCGGAGUCUGCUGCUGAAGCAGCUCGCAGCCCGGCUGGGCCUGGCCGCGGGAGCGCAGUGGACGGGAGGCUCUGCACAGGUGGCUGCAGAAAGGCUGGGGCGACGUUAUGGACGUGGCGAAUCACAGUGUGGUCCUGCUGCAGCAGCUGAAUGUCCAGCGGGAGUUUGGCUUCCUGUGUGACUGUACGGUGGCCGUAGGGGACAUUCACUUCAAAGCCCAUCGAGCUGUGCUGGCUGCAUUCUCCAACUACUUCAAGAUGAUCUUCAUUCAUCAGUCCAGCGACUACAUCAAAGUGCAGCCAAUGGACAUCCAGCCAGACAUCUUCAGCUAUUUACUACACCUCAUGUACACGGGCAAGGGUCCGAAGCAGCCAGUAGACCCCAACCGGCUGGAGGAGGGCAUCCGAUUCCUGCAUGCCUACAACUUGGUCCAUGACCCGAGCCAAGGGGGACAGGCGUUCACCCAGCACCCCGAGGUGCCGUCCCUUCAGUCGCCCAACCUCUACGGCAUCCAGAUCUCGGGCUCACAGAAGCUACCAGUGCCCCCUGGAGGCCAGAGCGGGGUCACCACCCUGAGCGCGGAGCAGACUGGUCAGACGACCCUGGGAGUGGCCAACAUCCCGGAGCACCGGUACGCCCGUCCUCCCAUCGGCCAGGAGAUGGGAGCAGAGGAGAGCGGCCAGAGCCUCCCCUCAUCAUCUGCAGCAGCGUCCAGGGGUCUGCAGGUCCCCGGUCUCAACUUUAAGCGGAGCAAGACCCACAAGCUCUACUCCUGCCACUACUGUGGGGAGCGGUUCUCUGCCAGGGGCAGCCUGCGGGAUCACCUGUACUCGCACGCCAGUAGUGCCGUGCCUGCUGGAGCCCCCACCGAGAGCAGGGCCCUGGGGGAGGAGGCCGAGGGAGUCGGAGGUUCCCUGUCCCAGGGAGAUGAGGCCCUCCCUUCCACCCCUGAUCAGCAGGAGGGAAGCGGACUGGACGAACAGCCUCCCGUCGGUCUGACUGUGACCAUUGGAGCCUGCGGGGACGCCGUCGACCCAGGCAGCGGCUUCACCACGGCCAAGAGGAGGAGGUUCACCUGCAGUGUGUGCGGCCACUCUGCAGACCCUGAGCCCAGCAGCACACCUCCACCUACAGCAGCACCACCUGGAGCCCUGGAGGAGUCACCAGCUGUCGCCCAGCCCCAGCCCCAGCCCCAGCCCCAGCCCCGGCAGGAGGAUUCAGGCCCGAGUGGGAGCCCCGAUUCCACCGUUGACCUCGAGAGUGCCUUCCGCGAUGUCUUCGCCAACUAUGAGGCGGCGCGUGUCCAUGCACACUACAAGUGCGCGCGCACUGGCUGUGAGCGGGCGGCUGUGUCCGCUGAGCCGCGGCGUGGAGACCGCUUUGUGCAUAAGUGGCUGUCGGACCGUGAACUGACUUACUGCGAGCGCACCGGUGUUUACUGGUUGCUCUACGAAGAGGGCCAAGGCAUGUUCUGCUACCUGUGCCGGCGUCACGACACCCAGAACAAGCAGAACAAGACCAAGGUGUUUAACGGGACGCCGGCUGUGCGCUACAAGAAGUCGGCACUGCAGGUGCACGCUGAGUCACAGCAGCAUGCCGCUGCUGUGCACGCUGAGUUGGCGGGCCGCAUGACUGAGCGAGAGAUGGCCGAACGCGAGCGCCAGGAGGGCACCUCGCUGCGCGCCCUUUUCCUCGCCGCCUAUUGGCUGGCGCGCGAGGGACUACCCACCGCAAAGCUACGCCCUACAUUGCGCUUGCUUGGUGAGGCAGGGCUAGUGGGAGGUGCCGCUACGCAUUUUCGGCGAGCCGAUACACUUCAGGAAGUGUUUCGCGGAUUGGGCCGCGCUGUCCGCCAGCGACUCAUCAGCCGUAUCCGCCGUGCCCCCGCCUUCGGCAUCCGCUGCGAGCGCGCCGGUCCUGGAGCCGAGGCCUCGCUGCUGGCCUUCGCUCAGUUCAUCGAGCCUGGCGUUGAGGUGGCCAGUGGGCUGCUCUUCACCGAGGCCCCAGGCCCUGGCCGGGGCUGGGACUCACCUGAUGAGUUGGCAGCAGUGAUCAGCCACACCUUGGGCUGCCUGGAGCUGCCAGUCUCUCGGCUGGCCUCGCUGGUGACGGAUGGCGGCGAGGCGAUGCCGACGGUUGUGUCGCGGCUGAGGGAACUGAGCCCGGCCUUGCUGGGACUGCAUUGUGUGAGCCGCAGGCUAUUGUUAGCUGCCGCCUCGGGCUGUCUGACCUGCCGGCCCCUGCUGCGGGUUGAGGCCUAUCUGCAGCAGCUGUGGGAGGUGCUGGAGCGUUCGCCUGGCCUGGCCGAAGCCUAUCUGAGUGCCCGGCUGGCAGGGGCCUCGGCUGCGCAGCCCAGUGGCCGUCUGAAACCGGCACUGCUGCGCCGGCUGAGACGGGCCUGCCGCCGCCGCCGACUGUCUCUCGAGGCCUCGGUGGAAGGCGCCUACAAUGACUAUGCGGCGCUGUUGCGGGCCCUGUCAGCACUGAGUGAGGCUGAGGCAGCAGCUGUUGGCCUACUGGCCCAGUUGGGCAGCCCACGCUUUGCCGGGGCCCUCUAUAUCCUGCGGGAGGCUUCAGCUGCGCUCCUGGGCCUGUCGCGGGCCUGGCGCCGGGGUGGCCUCCACCCACCCGCCCUGGAGUCUCUCCUACGACAGGCACUGCAAAGGCUGGAGGAGGUUGCUUCCUCCCGGGCCGCGCUAACUCGCCUGCGAGUGGAUUUGGAGCCCGGCGGCCGCUUGUCCUGCUGUGCGCUGCCGGGGCUGGGCGCUGGGGACGAGGCUGAGCUGCGUGGCCUGUUGGAGACCUACACUGCCCGGCUGGUGACUGACUUACGCCGCCGCUUUGAAGCGUCUGCUCCGCUGCUAGCCGCCGUCUCCAUUUUUAACCCCCUUUUGGUGCCUGAUCCGGGUUCCUCCGGCUUUGCUGCUCAUGGACAGGCUGAGGUCGGGGCCUUAGCCGCUCAUUUCCACCCCGGAGACCUGGCUGCCGAGGCCCGGUUGCAGGCUGAGUGGGCUCGACUCAAGCUGGAGCUGCCGGGUUGGAAGUUUGGUGUUGCAGCCUUGUCGCUGGGCGAAUCUUCAGCGACUGAGUGCUGUCUGCGCCACCUCUUGGGCCUCGGCACAUACCCGGCCCUGACGCAGUUUGCCGAGGUGGCACUUUCAGCCCCCGUGGCCCCGGCCCGCUCUGACCGGGCCUUUGCUGCCCUGCGGAGGCUGGAGACGCGACUGCGGGGUGGGCGCUGUGAAGACACCGGCCUGCUUGACAGCCUGCUACAGAUCUCGGUAAACGGACCCGAGCUGGGUACGGCCGACUGCACACAGCUGAUCCAGGAGGCGGCCCUCGCCUUCCUACAGCAGAGGUGCCAGGGCACAGUGGUCCCAGCCCACCAGAAACCCCCGCUGGCAUCCUUCAAGACUGAGGAGGCGGCUGAGGCCUGCUGUUCAGAGGGCUCGGAGCAGGAGCUGGAACAGCUGCAGCAGGAGCUGGAUCAGACAGUGGGCGCCCUACAGCUCCAAGCCGACAACGAGAGUGACUCAGAGGACAGCCUCUGCGACUAAGCCCUGGGUCUUCCUGCAAACGCCCAGCCAGAGCUGACGCCAAGGUAGAAGUGCCUGACUCUGGCCAUUCCCUUGGGCUGGCCCCUUCUCCUCGCCCAUGCCCUUGGGCAUGACAACCAAGGCAGAUAUGUGAGUUCAUGGGAGGGUCACAGAGCUGUCAGGGUUUGGGCAUAAGUAGGCAGGUCUGUCCCCAUGCUGAAUGCUAACAGGGUGGAACUUUAGAAGUCUGGAAGUCGAUGGGGCAGGUUCAGGAUUGUCUCAAUGUAGACCCCAGAAUUUUGGAUGCUAAAAUCCAGAGCAUCACACCAGAAUCUAGAGAACCUUGAUGGGUUGGGCAGCAUCCAUGGAGGGAAAUGGACCGUGUGUCUUUGGUCGCAGCUCUUCAUCUGGUGAGAAGUGUCAUCCAUUUCCUUCCCUCAGUGCUGCCUGACCCACUGGGUCUGUCCAGCAUCUUGUGUUGUUGGGAAUGUGUUCACCUUCCCGUCAAUGGGGCUCUCUUUUUGACCACACCUUUGCUACCGGCCAUUCUCCCUGAGGGCCAGUGUAUUGGGGUGGUGUGGCAGGCUGGAAGAGAGAUGGUCUUGCUCAGGGUGGAAUAUAGCUUCCAGCUAUUGCAGAAUACCCAAAACACUUCCACCACAAGUGUGCUUUGAGUAGAUUUAUUUCUUUUUAACUGCAGUAGUUUUUUCACUUGUAUUUUAAAAGUAAAAAUAAAGAUUUUUUUUAAAAGCAGUUUUUAAUCAUUUUUUAUUACAGCUUUCUGUAGGCAAAUUAAUGAGCAAGUGAAAAGUUACAGAUUGCUGCUUGCUGGUUUCGUGACACAGUUCAUUUAAGACCAUAAGAUAUAGGAACAGAAGUAGGCCAUUUGGCCCAUCGAGUCUGCAUUACCAUUCAAACAUGGGCUGAUCCAAUUCUUCCAGUCAUCCCACUCCCCUGCUUUCACCUCAUACCCUUUGCUGCCCUGGCUAAUCAA